GCGCAUGCCGAGUUAUACAGGCAGCGAAGCCUUCAAGUCCUAGCGUGCUACUAUACAGGUUAUUUAUUUAUCACCUACAUGAUCUCAUGUACCUCCAUUCUGAGGUUUUAUUCAGACGAAUGAAGUCGGUUAUUUACAGCAAUUCACUAACAUGGACAUUUUAAAGGAAUACAUUGUUGCUAACGAGUUUGAUAUGGCGUACGUCGCAACAGAAACUGGCGACGUACAGGUGGCUACUAGGGUAAACAAUGUAGGCGAGAAACGUAGAAAACUCAUUAUACAUUUUGACAUUCGAAAUACUGUGUUGGUUUCGGAUUCUGUUACCAAUGUGACAAUGGAGCAGGCUCUGAACAGUUUUCUGACAGGUGUUGUGUGGGGGAAGGAGCGUUCGAAAGGUAUGUGGGUAUGGGAGUCUUACGAAACGUCUUUAACGCCACCAUCUCCAGAUGCUAUAACAUACUACAAACACAUGGAGAGAAUUCUUGUUAAAACUCCAACCGACAGAUGGAAUCUUAGGUUGGUCACUGGAGAUUUUACUCAAAACAUCGGAAAGGCUUUCAUGCCGUAUUUCACCUCGACUUUGGACGCGUUGAGGUGGAAACACGAAGUGACCGCAGAACACGAAGGAAUGACAAUGGCUGGAAACGACGGUAAACCUUACCACUACCUCCUAAAAUCUGUUUAUAAACUCAUAUACCAUCUCGUGGAAAACAAUCGAGAUUUUGCAAUUGUAUUCCGUACGUAUGGUCUAGAUGCUCCGAACGUCAUUUCAAGUAUCGCAAAAGGGCUACAAGGAGAUCAUCCAGACUUUCCCAUCAAAGAUCUUGGAUUAAAAGUAACUUUUCAGCAUGGGCUGAUUACCAGGAAAAACGACGAUUCAUGUGUUUUCCAAACCGUAGAAAAUCAGGACGAUCAGGACACACUAGAAGGGUCAGAGAUCACGGACGAGCGUGCAAUUUACAACAUGCUCAACGCAAAGGAGGGCAUCUCAGGGUACAAGGAUGAUUUCAUAUUCUGGCAGAGCAACAAUUACAGUCACGAGGCGGCCAAACCGCUAUACGUUGAUCCUUUUGACGAUGAAGUCCAUCACAUAUUCUUCGACGACAAUAUUCGGACACUAGAAGAUGACAGUAUCGUCAACGUAAGGUUGUUUGAAACAGAAGGAUGUGCAACGGCGAAAAGUUUGUCCAAAACGGAAGCUGCCAAUUUCGAGAACGUGUGUUUGGUGCAGGCGGAUUUGUUGAUGGCAAUUCAAGACGAUGACUAUUACGUUAAGUCGGUGGAUCAGUGUGAGAAAAACUACACAAACUUCGUAAAUAAAUAUCGACUUAAAAGAAUGGACGAUUUGUGCUCCGUAGGUACAGAUCUAAAAGACGAACUUUGUUUACAGGGUAAAGGAUGACAGACAAUUUAGGGGUACCGCACCUGCUUAGCCUUAGUUUACCAGGAAGAAAAGACGAUUUAAGAUAUCUAGUAUCUUAGAGAACACUUGAUAUCAGCCGACAAUCGAGGUAGACAGAAAUGUUUCAGUGGAUUGCGCCUUUGUGGACAGUCGUGCAUGGAUGUCGUGUUUCAGUGAUAUACGUAAAAGGUACUAAUACUAUAGUAUCACAGGCUCGACUCUUAAUUAUCUAGGACCAAGAAAGAAACCCUGUGGAUUGUUGUUUUUGUUUCUCUUUAGUUGCUUUCAGACGCAUUUUACGUCCCCCUGAAAACGUUCACUUUUGCAAUUAAAAAAUGGGGAAAUGUUAAAAUUUUGGAGAUUUAGUCAUGAAAUGAGCAUUUUUCUCUUUUUAAUUUGUAGGCCACCUGGGAAUUUCAAAGUUUUCAAAAUUAAAACGUUUCAUAGAAAACCGGACUAUCUUUAAUGUGUAGUUACCAAACAACGCCGACCGUUCCAGUGGAAUGUAUAACAGUUUUGGCGAACGGAAAACGUCCCACGUGUUUAUUGGAAAAUAAGUGUUGUGACAACCCUAGCAAUGUUUUGCUGAAAGAUUAGAAAUGUAGGUGCAUUAUCAAAGACCACCAAUUUCGACACGACUGUUUUUUACCGUGGUUUUAGGACGAGGUCACGUACCACCUACAUAAGUAUCAUGGCUAUACGAGAUCAUGUCCUUGUAUAUUAUCUCGUGGGAUUUAACUGAACAAAAGGACUUUGACUGACGGUUAAGCAUAGACUCAUACCACUGGUAUUACCAAAGGAGAAUAACUUGUGACUUAAGCGAGUUGGUAAAAAAUAAAACUGUGGUCUGGCAGUGGAAUUAAGCAUUUCUAUGGCUGACCGUGUAAUGAUAUACCUUAAGUAUGUAAACAGGUCGUUGUAAUCUUAAGUUUUUGUUACACUUGAUCAAUCUAAUCCGCAGGCUUCGAUCGUUGUCUACGUAAAGCGAUUGUGUUCAGGGAUCGUGUAUAUUGCUAUUCUGGUGCAAUGAGCAUGUGUUUUGUUAUUUUGGAGAUUAUAGAUGUAAUGCAUGUUGUUCUCUGACAAGUGAAAAUGAAUUAUGCGACUAUAAGUGAAAUGUAAGUAUGUAUGUGCGACUUUCCUUUUCAUAAAGCAAUAUGUGAUAACUCUGGUUCAUUGUUUAUGAGACAAAAUACUUCUCCAGCCGUGACCCGGAUGUUUUAAUCCGUUCUUGACCUCAUAGCUCACAUAAUUGAUCAAUUUACAAGUUAUUUGAUUGUCAUGGCUUUAGUUUAAUAUGACUUUGUGACGUCACGAACCUCCGCUGGGUAUCACACCAGCGAACCCAGAAUUUCUAGUCCAACGUUUUACCACUGAGCUAAAGGCCCUCGACGAGUCGAAGCUGGUGUGGCACUAUGUACAAUAAGUGUUAAAUACACAUAUACAAUUAGUAAUGAUACUUGACAGCUAUAGAACCGAGUUCAAUUUUACCUCGAUUUUAGAUUUACAUUAUUGAGUUUAUCAUGCUACACUGAUUAUUCAGAUAUCAAAACUUCAAAGUGAUUUUUAUACACGUUGUAACGCUUCAAAUUUUAUCCUUCAGUAUGUUGAUUUCAUUAUGACGUGACUACCUGUUCUUUGUUUAGCAUUUUUUAACAUUUUUUGAACUAUUAAAACACUCCUGAUAUUUUUUUAUAAA